CGAAGUUGUGAGGUCAAUAUGAACAAUGUCAUAAAUCUAUCUGGUGGGCCGUUCAGUCUUCAUCGGCACAUGCUUGGAAGGAUGUAUCCAAUCCGAGGACACUGGAUGCUUAAGUAAGGUUGAGCUUAUUUACCUAAGGUGGUUGCUGUCGCGCAGUCAUAUCGUGACCUUGAUAUUGGUUACAUUAGCCUCCGGUUCACUUUCACUGUCACUGCGUCAGUAGCACUUUGCGAGAGUAAACAAGUGCUCAGAGACUUUGGUGCAUUAAAAUCAUUAAGUGGAACGUGGGACCCUGUGCAUGGAAGGCACAAGCGGCACUACUGUCUUGGCACUCGUCAAUUCACCUUCACGAUCUGCGAGCGUUAGCUUUACACACCACAACCAAACAUGGCCGAUACAGCAGAAUCAGAACUCACACCGACCACUAUGGCUAAAACAGAGAUAUCACCCGAGGAUGUGCCUUCAGAAGCGAAAUCCAUGAUCACAGAGGUCGCAUCUACUGAUGCUCCAACCGACACCAAAGCCGCCCUCGCGGCGCGCAUGGCACGCUUCAAAUCGUUGAAGGCGCAAAAAGAAAGCGGCCGCAAAGCAACAGAGCGCGAAGUUCGCGACGCCGAAGACCGAUCAGAAAGGCUGGCGAAACUCUCUAAGCUCGCAGAUGCACACACCAAAGCUUCCUACAAGCUACUGAAAACCGAUGACCCGGACUUCGAGCGAAAGCGGAAUUGGGAUUACACAGUCGACGAGAGCGAGAGCUGGGACAGGCGGCUGGCCAAAAAGUCGAGGGCGCGCGACAACAACGCUUUCGCCGACUACCGAGGCGAGGCGAAUAAAGUGUACAAGCGCCAGAUUGGACAAAUGUCCAAGGUUGAUCUCGCAGCGUACGCAGAGGAGAAGGCCACAAAACUACAGCGCCAGGUGCAGGCGGGGCUGCUGCAGCUCGUAGAGACGGAUUCGGGCGAAAUCUACACGGUGGACCCAAAUGGAAGGAUCAACACAGCUGUCGAAGAAGAGUACAGUCACGAUCACAAGCCCAGUAAAGAAGCAAUCGAUAGACUUGUUGGGGACAUUGAGAAGAGCGAGAAGGCACGCCUUGAGGCUCGCAGGAAGAGAGGCAUAAGGGAUGAGCAGGACCAGGGCGAUGUUACGUACAUCAACCAGAAGAACAAGCAGUUCAACGACAAGCUGGGGCGAUUCUACAACAGGUAUACUACCGAAAUCAGAGAGAAUUUCGAGAGAGGGACAGCCAUAUAGGGUACUGUGAGAGAUGGGCAACUAUUAUUCGAGAAGAUGGAGAUACCCAGGCAUUACAUGAUUGGAUAUGGCGU